AUGAACGUCAGCAGCCAUGAGGAGUGGCUCACCUCAACCAAUGACACAUGUGGAUGGUCGCCAAUGGACCCAUGUCAUUCUAUAGAAAGUGCACUCAUCAGUUUCAAGGUCACCCAUCCCCUGACAAAGGACUGUAUGAUCACACUCUUAAUGGCUCCAUCAGACACUCCCUACAAUAUCACAGAGGGUCUGGAUAUCUGCGGACUAAAUGUCACGAUCGACGUGCUACCAGACUCUGCUGGCAAUGUCACCAUUGUGGGAGGUGUCUUAUUCUUCAGUGAUUGUGACCUUCCUCUCACUCUCAACAUCUACAACGUGAAGAUACCCCUGCACGCCAUCUUCUCGGGUAUCUCCUCCACAUCCUGA